CACGCAACACGUGUUUUUACAACCCUGUACGCCUAACGAGAGGUCCGACGAUCGAAAAAUGUCCGACUCGAAGGAUCCUGAGAAACAAGAAUACCGACAAAUAACAGUGUGGCCACAGUGGUUAGCGGCAUGCGCUAUCAGUUUGGCUCCGAUCGUAAGUGGCCUGGCAAAUGGUUGGGCAUCACCAUAUUUGGCCCAAUUGACAUCAACGACAUCUGACAUGCCUAUUAGAUUAACGGAUAACGAAGCAUCCUGGAUAGCGUCUCUUUUAAAUCUUGGAAGACUUUUCGGAGCUCUAAUCGGUUCGAUAAUUCAAGAAUAUGUUGGACGAAAGAAACAGCUUAUCAUCGGUGGUCUACCAUUGGCCUUGAGUUGGGUAUUCAGUAUAUGUACAACGUCAGUUACGUGGCUUUACAUAUCAAGAUUCUGUUCUGGAAUUGGAUCGGGUAUGGUCUGGCUGUCCCUUGCUUUGUACCUAGGAGAGAUCGCUAAUCCGAAAAUACGUGGAGCUCUGAUAUCCAUGAACAUAAACGCAGCGUCUGUGGGUAUGUUCUUGGGCAACGUGAUGGGUCCUUAUCUGUCCAUGGAGAUGUUCGCUUACGUGAGCCUCGUACCGAAUAUCCUCUUCAUGGCCCUCGUAUCCCUGAUACCCGAAUCACCGUACCAUUACAUCCUCCACGGAGAUAUCGACAAAGCAGAGGCAUCUUUGAAGUGGUUCCGACGAGAAGCUGACGUGAAGGCUGAGAUGCGAGAGCUUCAGGAUUUCGUCGAUGGUGCUGAAAGUAGUAUUAUGAUGAAGCUCAAAGCAUUCAUACUUCCAGGUAACUUGAAAAACGCCAUGAUCUUGUUAGGUCUGAAUGUAUUAGUACACGGAAGUGGAUACGCCAUUAUCAAUGCAUAUGCCGAGAUAAUCGUAAUUAAAUCUGGGAUGAAUCUUACACCUAGCGUCGUCGUGAUGAUCUUGGGAUUCGCUACUAUUAUAGCUGGAGCUAGUGCGGUUAUUGUAGUAGACAGAUUUGGCAGAAGGUCUCUGUUAAUGAUAUCGAGUCUCGGUGUGACCAUUUCUCUCGGAUUACUGGGUCUACAUUUCCACAUCAUGUCGACUGGCAUCAAAUCGCAAAUCCUCGAGUGGCUACCACUCACUGCUUUACUAUGUUACUAUAUUUUCUUAGCUUGCGGCUUUGUGCCCGUGCCAGGUGCACUUUUAGGAGAAAUGUUCCCAGCAGAUUUGAAAACAUUAGCCUCUCUUCUAUUAGGAUGUGGAAACGCUUUGUUAUCCUUCAUUGUAACGAAAACUUUUCAACCAUUUCUUGACUUAACCGAAGAGAAAGUCGUUUUCUGGACGUUCGGUCUUAUUGUCAUGGCCUGUAUCCCUUAUGUUUACUACUUUAUACCAGAAACAAAAGGAAAAAGCCUUCUUGAAAUUCAAAAGUCCAUUAAUAAAUAAAACAUCAAAGUGUU